UUCUGCACUCCCUGUAGUUUGAGAUGAUGAACCUCUUACUAUCAGCUCACCUUCUGUUUUGUAGAGUAUUUUUUAUCCAUUUUGUUUAAUAAAAUCUAUGAGGUUCAAAUGAAACGCCAAACUGCAGUUACUCUGUCAGUAGAGGUUCAGUAGUGCAGUUUUCACCGCUGUUGUUAACUGGAGGCUGACACACUGACUGAAGACAUUUAGUUUCAGUGGAUUUGAGCUUUCCAUCUCAGCUUCUUUUGGUCAAGGAUGAAAUACAUAUAAAUAUAUUUUUUGUUCCAGCUGAUCAUCAGGAGGAGACGAGCCAUUUAGACUCAGCUCAGCCACUACAGAGGAAACAAUGACUUCAACCCAAAAGGACCAACAUGAAGCGAGAAGUCAGCGCUCUCAGGAGGCCGACAAACCUCACAGAAGAAAGAGAGAGAAGAAAUAUAACUGUGACGAGUGUGGAAAAUCUUUUACCCUGGCUGGAAACUUGAAACGACACAAGCUGACCCACAGUGGAGUUAAAGCUUACAGCUGUGAGUUGUGUCGAAAGUUUUUCAACCAGGCUGUACAUUUAAAAAGACACAAACUCAUCCACAGUGGAAUUAAACAGUACAACUGUGACUUGUGUGGAGAUUUUUUUACCCACCCUGGAAGCUUGAAAAGACACCAACUCAUCCACAGUGUAGUUAAACCGUACACCUGUGACUUGUGUGGAAAUGCUUUUACCCAGGCUGGAAGCUUAAAAACACACCAACUCAUCCACAGUGGAGUUAAAGCGUACACCUGUGACUUGUGUGGGAAAUCUUUUACCCAGGCUCGACACUUAAAAGCACACCAACUCAUCCACAGUGGAGUUAAAGCACACAGCUGCGAUCAGUGUGGCAAAGCUUUUACUCACAGUAGCCACUUACAGAAUCAUCUAGCUACCCACUCUGGAAUUAAUAAGUACAGAUGUGACAUUUGUGGAAAAACUUUCAGUCGCAAUGGGGACCUAAAUAGACACAUCCGCAUUCACACUGGACAGGAUGUUUACUGCUGUGAUCAGUGUUGGAAACCGUUUACAACAGAUGCACAGUUACAAAGCCACAUGCUUACCCACACUGAGGAGAGACCUUAUAAAUGUGACCUGUGUGAGAAGACUUUUAAAUCUCCACGUUACCUGAAAAUACACCAACAGAUCCACACCAGGAAGAAACUCUACAAGUGCAGUUACUGUGAGGACCAACAUGGAGCGAGAAGUCAGCGCUCUCAGGAGGCCGACAAACCUCACAGAAGAAAGGGAGAGAAGAAACACACCUGUGACGAUUGUGGGAAGGGUUUUAUCAAGGCUAAACACCUGAGAGCACACCAACUCAUCCACAGUGGAAUUAAACCGUACAGCUGUGACUUGUGUGAAAAAUCUUUCACCCAACUUGGACACUUAAAAACACACCAACUCAUCCACAGUGGAGUUAAAGCAUACAGCUGUGAUCAGUGUGGUAAAUCUUUUGCUCUCAGUUGCACCUUAAAACGUCAUCGAGUUACCCACUCUGGAAUCAAAGCGUAUAGCUGUGACAUUUGUGGAGACACUUUCAGUCGGCUAGGGACCCGAAAUAUUCACCAACGGAUUCACACUGGACAUGAUGUUUGCUGCUGUGUUCAGUGUGGGAAACUGUUUACAACAGAUGCACAGUUACAACGCCACAUGUUGACCCACAAUGAGGAGAGACCUUAUAAAUGUGACCUGUGUGAUAAGACUUUCAAAUCUCCAAAGUCCCUGAGAAAACACCAAGAGAUCCACACCAGAAAGUAACUCGACAAGUGCAGUUACUGUGAGCAGAGCGACACAGAUGGAUCCAGUUCUCAACCCUGUCGUCACUGUGGUGGUGGGAAAGAGUUUCGCUGUGACCUUUGUGGAAAAACUUUCAGUCAUUCAAACACCCUAAAACUACAUCAACGUAGACACACUGGAGACAAAAUGAACUACUGCAAAGAAUGUGGGAGCGGCUUCCCCACUAUAAGUGAAUUAAAAAACCAUGAACUUUGUCACAGUGGGGUUAAAAAGCACGUCUGUGACCAGUGUGGGUCAUCCUACACCUCUGCAGGUGAGCUUAAUAGACACAAACGAGUCCACACAAGAGAGAAACCAUACAAGUGCAGACACUGUGACAGAAGUUUCUCGUACUCAGGGAGUCGUAACAAUCAUGAACGUACACACAUUGAAGGGAACUUCAGCUGUGACCAGUGUGACAAAAGGUUCAGUAAGCUCAGUUCAUACUCCAAACACAAACAAGCCCACGCUGCAAAUAAAUUGUUUCACUGUUACCAAUGUGCAAAAACAUUCACUUCAUUAUCUGCUCUGAGCAAACAUCAGCGUGAUCAUGAAAUCACUCCCAUCACUGGAUCACAAUGAAUCUGAAGAGACAGAAAGAUCCUCUUCUGGUUUCAGGGUCAGAGGUCU